AUGUUCAGCAGGUACGCGCACUUGCGAAGGGAGCUUUAUUGGUCCGUGCUGACCCGUCCCUUCAACUCCCUACAUCAUCGUACCACUUGGUGCGACUCUGGAAUCGGCUCUUUCCCACAGCAAGAGCGACUACUCACGCAACGUCAACACCUUCUCACCAGAAGGGCGCUUAUUCCAAGGUGAGAAUCGCGUCCUUGUACGCCCAAAGAGGGUCGUGUGCUUAUAUCGUGCUCCCCAACCCCGCUUUCAAUUUCGGACGACCCGCGCUGACGACGACGAUGACGAUGACGACGGCCCACCUGGACUAUGCACGACUCACAACGGCACCUGAAUGGAACGACUACAGUCGAGUAUGCGAUUGAAGCCAUCAAAGUAUGCCCCUCAUCUUCUCACCUCGCUCAGCCCCCCCCUGUGACCUCGAAGCUGAGCUCGUCCUCUUCACGUCCUCUUCAUGUUCUUCCCAGCUCGGUUCGACGACCGUCGGGAUCCAGACCGCGCACGGUGUCGUCCUCGCCGUCGAAAAGCGGACACAAUCCGCCCUGCUCGAUUCAGACAGCGUCGAAAAGAUCAUGGAGAUCGACGCCCACAUCGGUUGCGCCAUGUCCGGUCUCACGGCCGACGCGAGGACCAUGGUCGAACAUGCGCGUGUGACGGCGCAGAACCAUUCCUUCACUUAUGACGAACCCAUCAAGGUCGAGUCGAUUACCCAGACGAUUUGUGAUUUGGCGUUGAGGUUCGGUGAAGGUGCUGAUGAGGAGGAGGCGACUAUGGUCCGUUAACAUUCGGUGGGCUCUUGCUUAGAGCUCGGAAGAAUUGACGAAUUCGAUCUUUUCUUGCUCCACCCAACCAGUCUCGGCCAUUCGGUGUCGCAUUGCUGAUUGCGGGGGUAGAUCAACAUGGGCCACAACUGUUCGUUCCUCGAUCUCGUCGAAUCCUUGACCAUUCAAGCACGCACCUAAACUUUUGCACGCCCUCACUCCACAGAUACCACGCCGAUCCGUCGGGGACGUUCAUGCGGUACGAUGCCAAGGCGAUCGGAUCCGGUUCGGAAGGCGCGCAGAACGAACUGCAAGACUCGUACAACAAAGUACGUCACCCUUCCCAAGAAGCUCUCAUCCUUCUCGUACUAUCGCCAUCACCAAUGAGCCGCGCCGCUGACUUCCCAACACUUCCCUUAGUCCCUGACAUUGGAAGAAGCGCGUUCCCUAGCCCUCAAGAUCCUGAAACAAGUGAUGGAGGAGAAGCUCGAUCAUUCCAACGUCCAACUUGCGCAGGUUUUACCGGAGAAGGGGUUCCAGAUCCUCGACGAGGCCGAGUUGAAGCCCAUCAUUGAAAAGAUUGAGGCGGCGGCUAAGGAGGCGGCGGAUGCGCAGAUGGCGACGUCGACCUCGUAG